CGCAAGCGCGGCGAGAAGAAACCCAAGGACCCUAAUGCGCCUCGACGACCUCCAAGCGCAUACAUUAUCUUUCAGAAUGAAGUCCGCGAUGAGAUGAAGAGCAUUAACCCUGGCAUGGUGUACCAUGACGUCCUCAACAAGAUCUCCGAGCGAUGGUCGAAGAUGACUCCCGAGCAGAAGAAG